CAAAAACUCAUUAAAGAAAUUGAGAAAUUUUAUCACAGCAAUUUAUUUUUCUAGAUCCAAAAUACAGUAAAGCCCGAAUGUCAAUUUUCAUUCUUCCAAAUCCAAAAUACAGUAAAGAUAAUGAAACUUUACCACGCCAAUUUUGCUGAAUCACACCAUCACCGAAAAGCCCUAAAACUCAUUGAAGAAUACACAAUUAACUCCCUUUUUCUUACAAAAACAACUAAUAUGAUAAUGGAUUACGAAACAGGGUCUCAAAGCAAAAUCGAUGGGUUGAAGGUUAAGUAUCGUCUCUGCAGUUCAACGUAAUAUAGCGUGGGACCGGCGAGAGGACUGGUAGCAGCCAGCAGGCCGGAAGCCGAAGGCGUAAAGUAGACGGCGAGGGGUGAGGGGGCGAGUGAGAUAACGCGCGAGUAGGAAAUAAAAAAUAAAAAGAUUUUUUAAGGGUAUAUUAGUCAUUUUGAAUGAAAUUUUGGGUUUCCUAAUUACCAAACCCUCGCCAGCAAAAAGGGCACAGCGCUAUUCGGGGAGCCGGAUUGAGAGGGCUCUGCCGAAACCCUAAUUUCAAAUUAUCAACGAUGGCUAAGCGCGAAUUGUCAAGCACAUUGAAGAACUUGAAGUUCAUGCAAAGGGGAGCUAAUAAAGAGGAGAAAACCAAAAAAGUAGAAGAAGUCACUCCCAAUGGAAAUUUCCCAUCCUUUAUUACCACCAAAAAAUGUAUGGUCAUUAUGGAAGGUGAUCCUAGUCCAGGUUCCAUUAGAGGCCGAAUGUCAUUCCAGAGUUUUAAUCCUUCCAUUGAUAAAUUAAACGAAGAGGCUUCAAACCCAAGACAAUCAGAAAAUGAUGCUACUUCCUCUGGGCAUCAACCUAAUAGAGAAAAUGUAUCACCAGAAGAUGAAUUAAUGAGCAUGAGAGAAGAAACUUCAAGUGGAAAGAAAACCAAAAGGAAACAAGCAGAAGUUAUUUCAGACACCAAAUCACCAAAUAUCAAUGAAGCAAAUACUUCAUCAUCAAACAAUGGUAAAAGGAGUUCUCAUAAGCCACCUAAGCGAGGAAAGCUCGACUUUAAUGUUUUAAGAUCUCCUAAGAAUCAAAGUAAAAGGUCAUGAUCUUGAUCUUUUUCAUGUUAAACAAUUAAAAGAAUAUGCUUCUAUUUUAUAUUUUUUGCCCUCAAACUUCUUAGUUUAGUUGCAAUGUAUAACUUUCUCAUCAAGCUUAUCAUGUAACUAACUUCUUAGUUUAGUUGCAUUGUAGAAUGUUCAAUGUUUGUGAUUUGCUUUAUUUUGAAUGUAUGGUUGAAUACAGAUAUUAUUUGAUGACCUACUCAACAAAACUAAUCUGUUGAAUAAUGGGAAUUAUUAUUAUAAAGACAAAGUUAGUUUCUUAGGCUGAAAGAUAAGCUAGAAAAUUCUUAAUGGUGUUGGUGGUUGUUUUUAUCCAUUGAACUUAAAUAUAUUUUAUAUAAAGUUUGAAUGUAAUAGUUUAUAAUGUUGGC